AUGUUGAUGGUGGACGAGUUAUAUCAGCAGCUUCGGAAGCACGCUAAGGAUAUGUUCAGCUGCACGGAUUUAGGAUAUAGUGUUUUCUACGGAACGAACGAACUCAGCAAGCUUUCGUAUCAGCAGCGACGCACGUACGAGGAAGCUGUCGGCGAUAAAUGGAAGAAUCAAAAGUAUAUGAGAAGCAUGUUUGACUAG